AUGGGUUUUCAUUUGCCAGGAGUAGUACCAACUAAGAAAUUUCUUCUAAGAUCUCUAUCCAACUCUAAAGCAUCAUCGAGCACAGUAAAUGUCCCGAAAGGCCAUUUGGCGGUUUAUGUUGGAGAGAGCGAAAAGAAGCGGUUUGUCAUUCCAGUAUCAUUUAUAAGCCACUCUUUGUUUCAAGAAUUGCUUGUUCAAGCUGAAAAUGAAUAUGGAUAUGAUCAUCCAAUGGGAGGCCUUACAAUUCCAUGCAGAGAAGAUAUGUUUGUUGAUCUCAUAUCAAAUCUCAAUGCUUCUAUAUAA